AUUAAGAAAGGUGCUGGUUAUCUUUUUAGAGUUUCUGAAAAACUGGUUUUCCAGAAAACCGGGUCUUAAAGGGCCCUCCGCCCAAAUCCUAUUAGCCUUUUUGCCUACUCGAGAUCCUCUAUCGAAUGAUGUAUGAACGAACGAAAUCGGAGCCGGACACCUGGGGCGGUUGCCUCGUAAGUGAUAUUAUCGUCAUGCAUAUUUUAUAGGAGUUGAAGAUAAAUUACAAGAAAAUGUUCGUCAAACACUAGAAAUCUUGCGUAAUGCAGGCAUUAAAAUAUGGAUGUUAACUGGUGAUAAAUUAGAAACUGCAACCUGUAUAGCUAAAAGUUCAAAAUUGAUUGGACGUGAACAUGAUAUUUACACAUUUAAAACAAUUACAACUCGUGAAGAUUGUUUACAAGAAUUGAAUAUGUUUCGACGUAAAACCGAUUCGUGUCUAAUUAUUACCGGUGAUACGUUACAAAUAUGUCUAGGAUUUUAUGAAUCGGAUCUGAUGGAAUUGAUUAUUCAAUGUCCGGCUGUUGUCGUUUGUCGAUGUUCACCAACACAAAAAGCAAAUGUUGUUAGUCUACUAAAAAAAUAUGGACAAAAACGCGUGAGAGUGUGUGCUAUCGGAGAUGGAGGAAACGAUGUCAGCAUGAUACAAGCAGCUGAUGUUGGCGUGGGUAUUGUAGGAAAAGAAGGAAAACAAGCAUCAUUGGCCGCUGAUUUUAGUAUAAAUCAAUUUAGUUAUUUAUCUGAUUUGUUACUGGUACAUGGACGUAAUUCGUAUAAACGUUCAGCUGCUUUAUCUCAAUUUGUCAUGCAUCGUGGUCUUAUUAUCAGUGUUAUGCAAGCUGUUUUCUCAUCAAUAUUUUAUUAUGCAUCUGUUGCACUUUAUCAAGGUUUUCUAUUAGUUGGCUAUGGUACAAUUUAUACAAUGUUUCCUGUUUUUUCAUUGGUGUUAGAUAAAGAUGUACACUCAGAAAUUGCUUUAUUGUAUCCAGAAUUAUAUAAAGAGUUAUCAAAAGGACGUUCACUCUCAUUUAAAACAUUUUUUCUCUGGGUAUUUAUUUCCAUUUAUCAAGGUGGUGCGAUUAUGUAUGGUUCAUUUUUGUUAUUCGAUGAUGAUUUUAUUCAUGUUGUAUCGAUUACAUUCACAUCAUUGAUAUUAACAGAAUUGUUAAUGGUGGCGUUAACAAUACGUACAUGGCAUCCAUUGAUGAUCGUUGCUCAGUUAUUAAGUUUAAGUGGUUAUGUGAUAUCAUUAAUUGUAUUUAAAUCCCAUUUUGAUCCAGCAUUUUUACAGUCAUUUGAUUUUAUUUGGAAAGUAUUAAUUGUGACAUUGGCAUCAUGUUUACCACUCUAUAUUCUUAAAUUUAUUCAAGUUAAAUGUGCACCACCAAUACAGACCAAAUUACAACAAUAUACAUCAUUAAAAUAG